AUGGAUAAUAUUCUCCGAAAACAAGAAAAAUACAAUGAAGCAUUCGAUAACUACCAAAAAGUUUUAGCAAUUUGUGAAGAAUUUUAUUCAUCUAAUUAUAAGAAUAUGAUUGUUUGCCUUAGUAAUAAUGCUGAUGUACUUGAAGAUCAAAAAAAAUACAAUGAAGCACUUCUCUAUCGUCAACGAGCCUUAACAAUUAAACAAGAAUAUUGUUCAUCAGAUCAUGACGAAAUUGCAAAUAAUCUUACAAAAAUUGGUCAACUUCAUGCAAAUCUAAAAGAAUAUGAUAAAGCUCUUGAAGUCUAUCAACAAGCAUUGUCCAUCAGAGAACAAAUCUCUCAAUCUGAUCAAGUUGAGAAUGAUUAUAUUAUACAAUAUUUCAGUUUUAUUUUUUAUCGACCGACAAAGUAUACUAAUUGUUUACGAGAGAUCGAUCUUGUUUGGAAUUCAAAAACAGAUUAUGAUCGUGCUGCUGAAUAUUUCGAGAAAUGUCUAUGUAUUAGAGAAGCUAGUUUAUCUUUAGCUGGUGGAAGAAAAAAGAAAUCAUCGUGA